AUGUCCUUCGAGGAUAAGGAUCUGCUGGCUGCUAUCAACCACACCAAGCAUGGGUACAUUGUUCCCUCCCUCAGCACAAGUGGGACAGAAUGGAUUGCUGGUAUGAUGCCUGUAGAACAACAUGCAGAAGUCGUGUAUGCAGAGAGUCUUUAUCAGAAGAGUCUUCUUGGUAUUGUUUAUUCCAGCAACUGGCUUGUGUUCAUCAGAGAGGUACUCAACAUGUGCACCACAAUCUCUAUCUACUGUCAGCUCAGAAAAUGGAUUGAGACUGUUGACGCCACAUAUGCCACUGCACACCCAGAGCUACUUGCUGCCAUCUCACCACCCAACUCGACACCAGCAGGCUCAGAGACAGACACUGAGGACAGACACUCACAGUCAAGUGCCACAAGCUUUGCAAGUGCCAACUCUUCCUUUGCCACCCCUUCCAUGUCCAGUUUCCCCAAUCACACCUCUACACAACAACUCACCACCGACCCUCCAUCCACCCCAUCUCCCUCACAUCCAUAUCUCCCUGACCCAUCCAUAGAUAUGCAUUUCCGCACUGGAGUAUACCUUGGCCUUGGCAUGUUGCACCUUGUGCUAAGCAUGAUGCCUGGGAAGUUGCUAGUGCUGGUUGAUUUGUUUGGGUAUAAAGGCGAUAGUAAGCUUGGGCUGGAAUUGUUAGAGUGGGCUGGUGGGUGGGGUAAUGGGAGUCGUGUGGUGGACAAGGAAACGGAAGGUGUCCAACACCCAAUCUGCGACAAGUCCCUGCUGAUCUUCCACCUUGUACUUUCAGCGUUUAUGUUUGAGGGUGUGGAUGUGUGUAAGGCUGCGAGAGUGCUGGAGUGGAAUUUGAAGCGGUAUCACAAUGGCAUCUUCUUCCUCUUUGGUGCCAGCAGACUCGCACUCGUCCGUUCACAACCCACCAAAGUGCUUGACUAUUAUACAUGUGCGGCACAGGCUCAGAGCCAGUAUUGGAAUUUACAUCAUAUUUCGUGGUAG